GACUGUAUUGACAGAUUACAAUGUGUAUAUUUCCAGUGUGCUACUGUUCUUGAAAUGUGUAAAUGUGUAAAAUUAUAUGCAUGUUACAAAUUUUUGUAACAAUUAUUAUAACGUUCAUGUGGAUUAUUUAUUGCUACUCUGCUAAUGUUCCUAAUAUAGUACAAAUCUAGUUGGAGUCAGUUGAGCAUGACUAAUGCUAAAACAAAACAUAUAGUCUAGAACUAAGAACAAAAAGAGAAACCAGUAAUACUCAAUUAAAACCAUAAUGUCCUCUAGGCGUGAUGCUACACCUGUAGAGUUAUGUCUCAAUAAAGUUAAAGAAAGACAGCAACAACUGGAUGAGCUCCCUCUGACUGACCACUAUAUUAGCACACAACAAUGCCUCCAAGAACUAAGGAAUGGAUCCAACACAUUUUUAGAAGUGACUCAGAAGGUGGAAGAAAUCAAGAAAAGCAGAGGCCACACUCACAAUAAAGAAUUUGACAAUCUAGAGACAGAACUGUUACUAACAGAGGAUUUGAACCAACAGAAGAAACGUUGUUUGGAGACUGUCUUGUUUGUGUCUGAAAUUGAAAAUUUGCUUCAGAAUGUUGAGUCAGAUAUUGAAGCCAGAGCUUUGUAUCUAAGUCAAAGACCACUAGUGUUUGAUAGUGUUUAUAGAGGAGAAGAUGUCCCAGCACAGUCCAAAAUUCAUAAAGACUGUGUCUCAGCUAUACGUAAGAGUUGGUCUUGGAUUCAAACAGUCAAUGAAUGUUUAGGUAUUCACAUUGAAAAUGCUGCUAACUAUCAUCAGUUCUACCAUGAUGUUCGCCACCUGGAAGAAAACAUGCUUUCAUUCUUGCUUUGGAUGGACAGUUCAACAGUUAGAGCUCAAGUCAAGACUCAAGAUCCUAAUGUCAUGUUAAAACAUUUCAGAUUAAUAAUCAAACAAUUGUUGGACUAUCAGGGCCAGUUAGAUCUUCUGACAGAGCGAAGCAGAGAUAUUCACCCAGUUCAUUACCGCAAAGAACUGCCAGAAUGGCCUUUGAAGGCUAGAGCUCUUGUUCAAUAUCAGCACAAACAUGUGUCAUUAGCAAAAGGGGACUUUGUAAUGAUUUUGGAAAAUUCUGAUGCUGAAAGAUGAAAGAUCAAAACUUUAGAUGGAAUAGAAAGUGAAGUCCCUGCUAUUGUGUUGAUCAUUCCUCCAGCUGAUCCUUCCUGCUUCCAACAGAUAGAUAAAUUAAGAGAACAAAUCAAGGUCAAUAGUUCUAUUGCAGCUAAAAGAUUAAGGUCACAUUUGAUCCAGUUUUUAAGUUCUUCUAUUUCCCAGACACAGUCCAAAGAUCUGGAAGGUUUGUCGGCCCAACAAAAGUAUGAAUUGAUGAAG